UGACAGGCCAGUGUCUUGCUUGCUGGCCUGGGCUAUGUGCCAUUGCAGUGGAAGCAAAGUAAACCACCCUUCAUAAACCCCUCCAGGAGAUCUUGUUCUUGCCUCCCAAUCCAUUGCAGCCUGCAGGGAAGCCAACCUCGCAACCUGUGGCAUGGCCGCUGCCUCUCCCAAUCCACUGUAGCCUGCAGGGAAGCCAACCUUGCAACCUGUGGCAUGGCCGCUGCCUCGUCGGGCCGUGGAGAGGUCGACACGUCCCGCGCCUUCCGGUCUGUCAAGGAGGCGGUCGCCGUGUUUGGUGAGCGUAUCCUCGCCAAGGAAACCCAGUUCAGGCCAAGCGCCGGUGCACAUGGCGACCGUCGCGACAUCAGCGAGAGGAAUCCCAGGCUAAAUGAUGUCGCGGUUGCUGCUUCGAGUGCGAAGCUUGAUGGGAGUAAUGGCGUUAGGGCUUCUGGUCUUCUCACCAGGGAAAGCCACUCCAAGGCAAGUGCCACUUACAAUGGCAAGCAAGAGGGGAGUAGUAGUAAGCCUGCUUCAAACCUACUGCCGGUGCCAGUCCCAGUGCCCAGGCCAGUCUCCGAAGAUGUGCCAAUGUACUUGGUGCCCUCCUCGCCGCCGUUCUUCGCGUCGUCGCCGUCCCUGGCCAACGACGAGCAGGAGGAGCAAGAACGCAAGGAAGCCGACCUCAUGGUCAUGAGCUCCAUCAAGAAGCUGGAGGAAGAGGCGGCCAGGACACGGCAAGAGGUGGCGCGGCUCAAGAGGAGGCUGGCCGAGAUGGAGCUGUCCAUGGCGACGCUCAACGCGAAGCUCCACCGGGCACUCUCGAAGAUGGCGCACAUGGAGGCCGACAAGGCGGCGGCGGAGCGGGCCAGCCUCCAGAGAGGCGGCAGCGACAAGGCUGCGGCAGAGCGGGCCAGCCUCCAGAGAGGCAGCAGCGACAUGGCGCUGACGGUCUGGGCCGAGCGGCGCACUACCCCGAGGCAGCCGUUGGGGCGCCUGCUGAGGCUCGAGGAGGCCGAUGGGGAGGUGGUUGUGACCGGCGGCCGGGCAAUGGCGCCAGCGAGGAGGAAGGUGCGGAAGCAGAAGCCGAUUGUGCCGCUCGUUGUUCCACUCAUCAAUGGCGUGCUCUUCUCCAAGAAGAGGAGGAUGAAGGACAAGGAGAGCAUGUACAUGAAGGAGCUUUACAGCUUGCUGAGUCUGAGCUAACUGAUCAGUGACUUCCCUGCUAAAAUCCAUGGCGGUACUUGUGCACGUACAUGAAGGAGAGCAUGUACUUGUGCACCUAUCUAAUUAUUUUUCAGUUUUUCAUUAGUUUGUGUUUAAUUAUGUGAGUGGAUUGUGUUGAGAUUUGUAAAUUAAUGUAAGCUAGAUUUGAUGUAUUAUGUAUCUUCAGAUCAAUAAUGGAGCAAUGUACAUAGCAUGUUGUAAUACAGGUACUUAUCUGCAAACUAAUCUCAUUGCAUGUUGCAAUACAA